AUGGCAGCGCAGCUCGCCAUGGGACGUCUACGAUACGAAGCAAAAUCAUCAAAGACAUACACACUUAUACUCAUACACACAUACACCAUUCCCUCAACAGCGCCACCGCCACCGCCACCGCCACCAACAACAAUAAGAACAAUGGCCGCCUUCACUCUUGACGCUGCUCCCAUCACGCGCGACUUUGGUCGCAGCGGCUACAACAAGGACGACGACGAUGCCACAAAGGGAAACAAGGGCCGAUCUGGCUUCAGCUGUCGUCCCGAGGCCAACGCCAACAAGAGCCUCCUUGCUGGCGGUCGUGGCGGCAAUGCCCGUGGUGACGACAAGGACGACAAGAACGGCGGUCGCUCCGGCUACAACUGA